UGUGGUGAGUUUACGGUGAGCCAGGGACGAGUCUCUGUGUGUGUGGUGUGGAUUACCGUUGAGGGCAUGUCAGGAUCCUGCUUGAAUUGCUGAAUGACUGGAAGUGAACGUGAUGUCUGAGCUCAGGUUUUGGCUGUGCCUCUUUAUUGUGGUGUGCUUGAGGAUUUGCCACACACAUGGCUGGUUCUGGUACGAUGACUCAAAUGCAAAGGGCACCAAGACACCGGCCUACCUGUCUACCCUAAGGCCCAUAUCACCACCGAGGACAGAGCCGCCCAGAACAGCAGGUACAAGUGCUUCUGUAACUGUGGUGGAAAAAGAGGUCAGUUACAAUGGAGGUCAUUUUGAGGGGGAAUCAGAGUUCAUAUCCAGGUCCGGGUUGGGGGUUGAGUCUGAAUCUGUAAAUGGGUCUGAAUUUGCUUCUGGAUCCGGAUCUGGAUCUUCUCAAUUUGAAAGACAGGAUGCCUAUGUUACGUCAACCAACGUUUCUGGUAUUGCUGGUGAAAAUGCUAGUUUGCAUGUGGGAAACCUCAAAUUGGAGACCAAAGCGGACCAGAUGGAUGGACUUCAGAGCGGCAGUGACCCAGCAUACAGUCAAUUUAAUGAAAGCAUUAAUGUUAAAAAUGUUAGCACUUAUAAUAAUAAUAAUAAUACUGAGCAUGAUGAGUAUGAUAACACGACGCUGUAUUCCUCUGAAUACUCUGUCUCCGAUAAUCUACUAACCAUUGAAAGUGAGUAUUUUGUAGCUCGCAUGCCGGUCGUCGAAUCCUCACGCUGCUUGCCAGUCGAUCCUGAUUUGCCAUUUUGCACCAGAACGAGAGAGGAGAGUUUCAUGGUGCCCAAUUUUCUAAAUCAAAGCAGCGUGGAGGAAGUUCAGGUGGUUUUAACCCAAUGGGCAUGGCUUUUGCGGUCAAACUGCCAUCAUAGUUUGGAAUGGUUUUUCUGCCUGCUGUUGACACCGCGGUGUGGCCCGCCUGGACUGCCGCCCCCGCUGCCCUGUCGCAGUUUCUGCGAGGUCCUGCGUGACAGUUGCUGGACACUCCUGGAUGAGGGCCGCCUCCCCGUGGAGUGCCACUCUCUGCCUGAAGAAAAGCAUGAUGGGUAUCGGUGCUUGUCAGUUAGUAACCAGAAAGAAGAAAGCGGAGUGUCACUGUUACAGUUAACUGGCGAUCCUCCACCUGAUGGCGUCACCAAAACCUUUGAACAUGAUAACAGCCCCAGCUAUAUGUUUGGCCCAAACGCCAAUGUGGGACAGUCAGCUGCGGCCCACCUGCCCAACCCUUUCUACCGUGAUUUCUCCCUCAUCUUCAACAUAAAACUCAUGUCUGCCAAGCCUGGUGUCAUAUUCUCCAUCACUGACCCAACCCAGAACAUCAUGUAUGUUGGUGUGAAGCUGUCGGCAGUGAAAAACGGCAAGCAGGAAAUUAUCUUCUACUACACUGAGCCUGACUCGCAGAGUUCAUAUGAGGCGGCCAGAUUCACCGUGCCCUCAAUGUCUAUGACCUGGACCCGGUUUUCCAUCAGUGUUUUGAAUGAGAAGGUUUCCCUCUACUUCAACUGUGACUCAGAUCCUCAGGUCAUCAAUUUUGAGCGGUCCCCAGAUGAUAUGGAGCUGAAUGCCAGGGCUGGAGUAUUUGUUGGCCAUGCUAGUGGAGCAGAUCCAGAUAAGUUUGUGGGUGUUAUCGGUGAUCUGAGGGUGGUGGGAGACCCUGGGGCGGCUGAACGGCACUGUGAAGAAGAAGAGGAUGACUUUGAUGCGAAUCUGCAGGGAUCAGGUGAUUUUGGAGCAAGUGGAGAUGGCGACCGACCACCAUCAGUCCAGCCGACACCUCCCUCCUCUCGGCCGAUCCAGCAGCCGCCGGUGACCAGCAGAACACUUGUUGAGAAGCAGCAGACAGGAUCAGUCGAUUCCUCUCGGCAAACUGGCUCCUACGGUGGUUCUCGAAAAACAUCUGACUCAUAUGGGGAUCCCCGAAAAACUUCUGUCUCCUACGGUGAUUCUCGACAAACCUCUGGCUCAUAUGGUGAUUCUGAACAAACUUCUGGUUCAUAUGGUGAUUCCCAACAAACCUCUGGCUCAUAUAGCGGUUCUCGACAAUCAUCGGGCACGUAUGGUGGUUCUCGACAAACUCUUGACUCGGUCGCUGUUAGCAAGCAAACUUCGGGGUCGUAUGAUGAUUCUAGAAAAGCUUCAAACUCUCUAAGAACGUCGGGCUCAGCUGAUGAUGGAAUACGGUAUUCUGUGGAGUCCAGACUGGGUUCUGCAGGUCCAACAGGUUCUAUUGGUGCAAGAGGAGAGAAAGGAGACAGAGGAGAGAAGGGUGUCAAAGGUGACAGGGGCCUUACAGGGCCAAAGGGCGAUUCAGGAUCUGGAUCUGUGUCUGGUGGUGCUGCAAAAGGAGAGAAGGGUGACACAGGAGAGAAAGGAAUAAAGGGCAGUUCUGGUUUUGGUUAUCCUGGAUCAAAGGGUGAUCGUGGUCCCGCUGGGCCUCCAGGGCCUCCCGGUCCCCCCGGGCCCAGUGCAGAGGUAGAGGUGAGAGGAGAUGGGUCAGUUCUUCAAAAGGUGGCAGGACCAAGAGGACCACCAGGACCCCCUGGCCCUCCUGGAGUUGAUGGGGAGCCGGGUGACCCUGGUGAAGAUGGAAAAGCUGGCCAAGUUGGACCUCCCGGUUUUCCUGGGACCCCUGGACCCAAAGGAGAGAAAGGAGACCGAGGUGAAAGUCAGCCAGGACCCCGUGGGCCUCCAGGGCCUCCUGGUCCACCAGGACCCCCCUCUCGCUCUGAUAGGCCUACAUUUGUGGACAUGGAGGGCUCUGGGUUUGAUAUGGACAGUGUGCGGGCAAUGCCCGGUUUACCAGGCCCACCUGGUCCUCCUGGUCCCCCCGGUCCCCCUGGCCUUGCGUCUUCAGGCUCCGGUGGUUUUGGGCCUCCUGGUCCUCCUGGGCAAAAUGGAGCUCCAGGUCAACCUGGACUUCCAGGUCCACCAGGUGCUGAUGGAAAGCCAGGCUCACCUGGCCCAAGAGGAGAGAAGGGCGAUGCCGGUGAGCUGGGCCUACCUGGACCUGUGGGAGAGAAGGGUGCCACAGGUUCUCCUGGUUCUCCUGGCCUCAAUGGACAGGGUGGACUUGCUGGUCUUCCAGGACCAAUGGGACCCGUCGGACCACCAGGGCCACCUGGUCCUCCUGGCCCGAGCUUUGUUGGUUUUGAUGAUAUGGAGGGUUCUGGUAUUCACUUCAGUUCAGUCCCUGGAAUAAGAGGACCAGUAGGAAUCCAGGGACCUCCCGGUAUUCCAGGACCACAAGGUAAGCCUGGUUUCCCAGGAUUUCCUGGUGAGAAAGGUAGUGAAGGACCUCAGGGACAAGAUGGCCGCCCUGGUUUGGAUGGCUUCCCUGGACCACAGGGACCAAAGGGUGACAGAGGAGACCGAGGCGAGAGGGGUGAACCUGGACGAGAUGGAACUAGUGUUCCAGGUCCACCCGGCCCCCCUGGACCACCUGGACAAAUUAUUUAUCGUUAUUCUGAAACUGAUGAUGAAAUUGGAGUAGCAGGGCCUCAGGGUGGGCCUGGUCGUCCUGGUCAAGCGGGAUUCCCUGGGCCAAUGGGACCAAAGGGUGACAGAGGAGAACCUGGUUCACCAGGCUAUGCCAUUAAGGGAGAUAAAGGAGAACCUGGAAUUAUUCUUGGACCUGAUGGAAACCCAUUUCACCUUGGUGGAUCGGUAGGCCAAAAGGGUGAGAGAGGGAUUCCUGGACCAGUCGGACCUCCUGGUCCAGCUGGACCUCCUGGUUUGAAAGGUGAAUUUGGAAUGCCAGGCAGACCUGGCCGCCCAGGUGUGAACGGAUACAAAGGAGAGAAGGGAGACUCAGGGUCAGGCACUGGAUAUGGUUACCCAGGUCCCCCCGGUCCCCCAGGACCCCCUGGUCCCCCCGGACCUGCUGUGCCCUUGGACAGAUUUGGAAGAUACGAAGAUUAUUCAAGGCAAUAUACAGCAACGAAAGGAGAGAAAGGAGACCAGGGAGCUCCUGGCAUUCCCGGAUCGCCAGGUUUAUCCUCAAACUUUGAUAUCUAUGCCCUCAAGAAUGAGAUGAAGGGGGAGCGCGGUGAGUCCGGUCUUAAAGGAGAGAAAGGAGAGCCAGGAGGUGGAUUUUAUGACCCUCGUUUUGGAGCGGUACAGGGACCACCAGGAAACCCAGGACUUCCUGGACCUAAAGGAGACUCAAUCAGAGGUCCCCCUGGACCGCAGGGCCCACCAGGACCACCCGGGGUUGGUUAUGAUGGCCGUCCAGGAAACCCAGGACCUCCUGGACCCCCUGGCCCUCCAGGGUCACCAUCAUUGCCAGGAGCCUACAGACCAUCACUCAGUAUUCCCGGACCUCCAGGUCCCCCUGGCCCACCUGGAAUUCCCGGCACUGGAUCUGGGCAGGUGACUGUCCUGAGGUCUUAUGACAUCAUGAUUGCUACGGCACGCAGACAGACAGAAGGAGCUCUGAUUUAUGUUCUGGACAGAAACGAUCUCUACCUCAGAGUUCGGGAUGGUGUCAGACAAGUGAUGCUUGGAGAUUAUAAACCCUUCUAUGGAGACCUGGACAAUGAGGUGGCAGCGGUCCAACCGCCCCCUGUUGUUCACUAUUCCCAGGACAAUGGAGCAGAGCAGAUUUCUCCACCGGACCAGCCGAUUGAGUUUCCAAGGAGCGAGCCAGAGAAUAGAAACCCCAAUCCGCCUGACUCCCGUUACCCAGAUCCACGAUACCCACCCUACACUGAUAGCAGGUACAAUCCUGUACAACCAGAAAUCAGAUACCCUGUUCAACCUGAGAGGAUCCCUAUCACUCCAGCCCGCCGUCCCAGCCCCCCUGUCAAUCAACCAGAAGGCCACAGCCACACUUCCGGACCAGGGUUGCAUCUUAUUGCCCUGAAUUCUCCACAAGUGGGGAACAUGAGAGGCAUUCGUGGGGCAGACUUCCUGUGCUUCCAGCAGGCUCGGGCCGUGGGGAUGAAGGGAACAUUCAGAGCCUUCCUGUCUUCCAAACUUCAGGAUCUCUACAGUAUCGUCCGCAAAUCCGACAGAGAGACAUUACCGAUUGUUAACCUCAAGGAUCAAGUCCUUUUCAGAAGCUGGGAGUCUCUCUUCAGUGACUCAGAGAGCAGGAUAAAGGACAAUGCUCCUAUCUACUCCUUUGAUGGCAGAGAUGUCCUGAGGGACAGUGCCUGGCCAGAGAAGAUGAUCUGGCACGGGUCCAGUGGCAGGGGUCACAGGCAGACGGAUAACUACUGUGAGACAUGGAGAGCCGGAGACCACGCAGUGACAGGCUUAGCCUCAUCUCUGCAGGCUGGCCAACUCCUCCAGCAGACCUCCAGCAGCUGCUCCAGUUCCUACAUCGUGCUGUGCAUCGAGAACAGCUACAUGGCACAAUCCAAGAAAUAAAGCCAUCCUAAGGCGCUUUUGAACAUUCAACACAACAGUUUAUACAGGUCCUGUUUCACUCCAGUAGAUGCCUGUAUCUAAUGAAUGGAGAAAAAAAUAAUUAAAAAAAGAACUGAGUCUGCCUUAAGGAGAAUUUGCCAGUCAUCUAUUCCCUCACCGUAACGCCAAAGAGGCAGGUUGAACGUGGAGGUGUUUGCUCUCUCUCAGGGCAUUGGCACAUAUUUUUCAGGGGGUUAAACCAGAGAAGUGAGGCCAACUGAGGCAGUGUUUUUAACUGUAUCCAUAUAAAAUUUUGUAUAUGAAUUGUUUGUCAUCUGUGUUGUUUUAUUUUUUGAAGAUGUCUUAAUUGGUAUAUUUAACCAAUUUUAGCUAUAUUUUUUUUGUGUAACUUUUCCCCCCUACUUGCCUGUACUGUUUUCAUUUUUAUCUAAGGUUUGUUGGAUACUGAGGGGCAGACCUGAUAGUUUUACGAUUUAAAAGAGAAAAUAUUUAUUUUGCAAUAAAGAGAGCUAAAAUAUGAUUUGAAACAAUUAGAUAGAAUACUUUUUUCUAUUUUAAUAAACAUACUUUUACAUACUUCCACAGAUAAAAGUGCAAGAUAGUUAACUGUAGCUAAAAAAUGGUCGCUCUCUCAAAAAAGCUCCAGAAGGCAAAGAGAAGAUGCCUUGAAUAAUUCAAUACUUGUCCCUCGGAAGAGUUUUUGUACAAAACAAAAUUAUUUUAAAUACUCCUGUUGCAUCUAUGGGAUCACUGUGUGUUUUUUUCUAUUGUGAUUAAUGUGAAAUUUCAUAUGGACGUUCUUCUUAGUGUCAUUGCUUGUUUUAUUCUUCUGGUUGAUUCCAGAAGUUUUGAUAAAGCAAAGUGGAUGAUUAAGUAAAGAGAAGCUGCAAGAUUUUUGUAACAAAUAUUGAUGUAAAAAAAAAAUUGUUACUCAAAAAUAGCGGUUACAUGUCCCAUAAUUCAUUGGACAUAUCAGAGGCUUUGGUUGCAUUCGGUGCUUUUCACUGAUGAAACAGCUGCUGACAGUUUUGUUUGAGAGAGACAGAUGUGUUUUAUGAAGACACUUUAUCUUCUAUCCAUAUGGAAUUUCAGACACCUAAUCCACUAUAGUGCUACUGAUGUUGUGUUCAGUACAACCCUGUGGGCUUCUAGUCUUUUUUCUUUUUUUUACCAGUAUGUGCUGUACCAUGUCUCAGAGGCACUGAAUAAAUGAUUUUGUUUUCGUUUGCCACAAUAAUUUUGGCAUCACUAUUAAAAUCUGUUUCCUUAAAACCUGACCUGUCAACAUAUAUCUUAGACUAUGUUGUCUGUUCAUGCACAAUAUUAACAUUAGAUAUCAUUCACAAGCCAUUUCAUAUCAUGAAUGUGUUUACUGCUCACUGACUGAUUACUAAAAAAAUAAAGGUACAUUUUGUUUUCCUCUCACAAGUAUGUAUUUUAGAUUUUAAAUUCAUAAAAAAAGGUUUUCACCCACUG